UGAUUUCUGCUGUAUUGGGCCAACAAUGAAACUGUAAAUGGGUAAAUGGAUCUUACCUCAAAAUAGUAGCAAGACCCAGAUAUCUCAACACCUUUCUUCUUCCAACUCAAUUGGUAUUUUUCUCUCUCCUCACCUUUCACUUUCUCUCUCUUCUUCUUCCUUCUGCACUUCGAUCAAUCAAUUGAAGAUGGCGUUGAGCUUGCUCAGAAAUCUUGCUAAAUCAACAGCUUUGCGUUCGAAUGCUAGGAGUUUCUGCAUCGUUAGCACUGAAGUCGUCAUCUCUCACACUGAUAAAUGGAUGCAGGAUAAAAGCAAGAAAUCUCCAAUGGAGUUGAUCAAUGAAGUACCUCCCAUUAAAGUGCAAGACCGAAUAGUUGCAUGUGAAGGAGCUAAGAAUCCUCUGGGGCACCCUGUUGAGUUCAUAUGCCUUGACUUAGACGCUCCAGCAGUCUGCAAAUAUUGUGGCCUGCGCUAUGUUCAAGAUCAUGGUCAUCAUCAUUAGAGCUGAUUUACCAUUUUGUGCAUGUAAUUCCCCGCUUGAAUCUGAAAUUCGGGGGAAUAAUUGUCAAUGUAGUUUGCAUUAUUGCAUCCUCUUUUCAUGUAAGCCUUGAGUGCUUUGGCACUUUGCUUCACAGAAUGCCAACAAUUUGAUUCAAUGAACAUAGCUGAUGCGACGGAAAAUAACGAAAUACCUAUGUCAUUUUGUUUUCA